CAGGAGGCUCGGUGGGGGGCCUGGCAGUCCCUCGCUGCAGGAUGAACUUGACCCAGCACCCUGGGAUGCGUACCUCUCUCCACUUUUGGAACCACAGCAGCUACGGACUGCAGAACAAUGCCAGCGAGUCCCUGGGCAAAGGUUAUGUGGACGGAGGUUGCUAUGAGCAACUUUUUGUCUCUCCGGAAGUGUUUGUGACUCUGGGUGUCAUAAGCUUAUUGGAGAAUAUUCUGGUAAUUGUAGCAAUAGCCAAGAACAAGAAUCUGCAUUCGCCCAUGUACUUUUUCAUCUGUAGCCUUGCUGUGGCUGACAUGCUGGUGAGCGUUUCCAAUGGAUCUGAAACCAUAGUCAUCACUUUACUGAACAGUACAGACACGGACGCGCAGAGUUUCACGGUGAAUGUUGACAAUGUCAUCGACUCUGUGAUCUGUAGCUCAUUGCUGGCCUCCAUCUGCAGCCUGCUUUCUAUUGCGGUGGACAGGUAUUUUACCAUCUUUUAUGCUCUCCAAUACCAUAACAUUAUGACGGUUAAGCGGGUUGCGAUCAUCAUAAGUUGUAUCUGGGCAGCUUGCACUGUGUCGGGCAUUUUGUUCAUCAUUUACUCUGACAGUAGUGUUGUUAUCAUCUGCCUCAUUACCAUGUUCUUCACCAUGCUGGCUCUCAUGGUCUCUCUCUAUGUCCACAUGUUCCUGAUGGCCAGAUUCCACAUCAAGAGGAUCGCUGUCCUCCCAGGCACCGGCACCAUCCGCCAAGGUGCCAACAUGAAGGGGGCCAUCACCUUGACCAUACUGAUUGGGGUCUUUAUUGUCUGCUGGGCUCCGUUCUUCCUCCACCUGAUAUUCUACAUUUCCUGCCCCCAGAAUCCAUACUGUGUGUGCUUUAUGUCUCAUUUUAACUUGUAUCUCAUCCUGAUCAUGUGUAAUUCCAUCAUUGAUCCUCUGAUUUAUGCACUCCGGAGUCAAGAACUGAGGAAAACCUUCAAGGAGAUCAUCUGCUUCUACCCUUUCGGAGCUGUUUGUGAUUUGUCUAGCAGAUACUAG